GUGUGUAGAGUCGCCUUGUAGCACCUUUGAGACGAACUGAAAGAAGGUACCGGCACGAGCUUCUCCUAGACUUGGGUCUACUUCCCUUAAAAAGAGAAAAAACGUUGGGGGAAAGAAGGGACUACUUUUCGUCCUCAGCAUCCGCGCAUGCGCCUUGGAGUAGGCGGAGGAAAAAGAAGGAAGAAAUUACGUCAGGAGGGGCGCGCUUUCGGUACGUGACGUCGCUGAGGGCGCGAGAGUAUCCUUCCGCGGGGCAGGUCGGGCGCCAUUUUGUGUCCUCUCUGAAGGAAGCCUCUCCUCGCCGCCGCUUUCCAGGCCCUCCUUUGACCAUUGUAACCCCUUUCUCUCUCCUGCUUCCUUUCCUUCCUUCUUCCGAGGUUCCUCUUCCCUUUCCUCCCUCCUUCCUUCCCUCCCUUCCUCCCGCUGUUCUUUAUUUCCCCGCUUGGAGCCGACCCCCGCCAACCGCAGCCAUUGCUGACCUGGCCAUGUCUGGCGGCGGCGUGAUCCGCGGCCCGGCCGGGAACAACGACUGCCGCAUCUACGUCGGGAACCUGCCUCCGGACAUCCGCACCAAGGACAUCGAGGACGUCUUCUACAAGUACGGCGCCAUCAGGGACAUCGACCUCAAGAACCGACGAGGGGGGCCGCCCUUCGCCUUCGUCGAGUUCGAGGACCCCAGGGACGCUGAGGACGCUGUGUACGGACGGGAUGGAUAUGAUUACGAUGGAUACCGUCUGCGAGUGGAGUUUCCUCGAAGUGGCCGGGGCACAGGCAGGGGUGGCGGUGGAGGUGGAGGUGGUGGAGCUCCAAGGGGCAGAUAUGGGCCCCCAUCUAGACGCUCAGAAUACAGAGUGAUAGUAUCAGGACUGCCUCCCAGUGGAAGCUGGCAGGAUUUAAAGGAUCACAUGCGUGAAGCAGGUGAUGUAUGUUAUGCUGAUGUUUUCCGAGAUGGAACUGGUGUCGUGGAGUUUGUACGGAAAGAAGAUAUGACCUACGCAGUGCGAAAACUGGAUAACACUAAGUUUAGAUCUCACGAGGGAGAAACUGCCUACAUCCGUGUUAAAGUUGAUGGCCCGAGAAGUCCAAGUUAUGGAAGAUCUCGUUCUCGCAGCCGUAGUCGUAGCAGAAGCCGUAGCCGAAGCAACAGCAGAAGUCGCAGUUAUUCCCCGAGAAGAAGCAGAGGAUCUCCACGCUACUCUCCCCGCCACAGCAGAUCACGCUCUCGCACAUAAACUAAUCUUUAACGGUGCUCCUUUUUGUAGAACCCCACCAUGUUGUAUGCAGUUUUCCUUUACUCAGUGCAGUCUUUUCUUUUUUUAAAACCAAUAAUUCAAGCUGUUUUAUUCAAAAUUGGCUAAAGUGUUUGAAUUGCAUUCUUGUAUGAUAUACCUAGUGAACAUUUACUCUUUAACAUCAACAUUCCCCUCACGUCUUUCAUAAAUUGUAUUUUAACAUGUCCCAGGCAGGGUUGUCACUAGUUAGUUUGCUGCCAGCACUCUCUUCCAACUGUGAUAUUGCUGUGUAAAAUGUCCUUGUUCAGUCCAUGGUUUCUACAAUUGGGGGAUGCUGGGAAUGUUUGGGGGUUUAACUUGUCUUUUCUGGGGGAGCUUAUGUUUUAUCUUGCCUUUUCGUGUGUCUUUCUGUAGACAUAUCUGAAGAGAUGGAUUAAGAAUGCUUUGGAUUAAAGGAUUGUGGAGCACAUUUCAAUCAUUUUAGGAUUGUCAAAAGGAGGAUUGAGGAGGAUCAGAUCAAUAAUGGAGGCAAUGGUAUGACUCCAAGUGCUAUUGUCACAGAUUAAAUUGGCAGUAUUGACCUUAUACUGUGAGAGACUAGCUGAAUACACACUCAUGUUCCAGGCAUGUUUCUGUUUAGCUUUAGUCUUUUAAUCACCAUGAUAGCAGUUGUGGCUAGAUGUACCCAUGCGACAUCCAGUCCUGGGGAUUGGGGUAUGCUGAGUGACUGCAGUGUAUCAGUAGAUCACAGAUAUUACCUGUUAAUACACUUGUAAAAUGCAGGGUGUUCUACACCUAUGAGUAUAAUCUCAAUACUGCUAAAAUCUGCAUGUCCUCUGUGUGACUGAUAUAGCAUUGCUGUUUCACCUUCUUAAAAGUAACAGAAUGAGAGCAAUUUUAAGGAGGGGGUGGGGGGAUGCCCUUUGGGAUCAGUUCUUAAGUCCACCCUCUUCCCCUUCAGGAUAUGUCAGAGUUGACUUGCUGAUACUUCAGUUAACUUUGUUACCUUCCAGACUUAAGUACAAUGAGCUUUUAGUUUAGACAUGCAAUAGGCGGAUAGCUUUAGCAGCAAGUUUUUGCAACUUAUAUAAAAUGUUUUUGCAACCACAAAACCCGCGCCAUAUAGGAAUUGAUAUACUGGCAUUAUGAAUUUCCCCUGUGUAAAUAUUAGAAUGUUUCCUCCAGAUGAUUAACAUUGCUAAAAAAAAAUUUGCGCUUUGCAAUUCAAAAAGCUUGUCUUGGGGAACUGAUAGUUAUCGAUGCACAUCUUUUAUUACUCAGUGGCAGACAUAACUGAUCAUUCCCCAGAAUCCUAUUUUCCAUUACGGUAUCUAACUUUUUGCCUCCUCUUUUUUGGUUUUGCUGGUUAUAAAGGUUUGGAUUGGAGAGGGCUCACUGGAUCCCAAUCCUUGGAGCUGGAUCAUUGGAUUCAAAUCAUAAUGUGGAUAGGAUAGGGAGGAUCAAUUACCAGGAUUCAUGGAGCGGGAUCAGAUUACCAGGAACAUAGGAGUGGAUUCCUGCCCCAACCAAACCGCACUCGUGUGGAUUUUUAUUCAGCUCAAUUGGCUAUUCCAAAGAUAUUUUUCUUUUCCUAUUUUUGACGAUUGGAACCCUUAAGAUGCACGAUGGAGUUUCAUUUUUUGGUAAAAGGAGCAAAGCAAGGACCUGGAGAGGUACGCUGGAGCAUUCUCCUUGGAAGGAUUCAGCACGAGUAGAUGGUAAAUGUUAAAGGGGAAAAGGGGGGGUUGUUUAAAAACGUUAAAACAAUAAGUCGUUUAUCUAAAUUUAAAGACGAAAAGAUAUUGGAGUCAUAAGUAGGUUUUCAAUUGGCUAUUGCCUUUUUUUUCUUUUGACAAAUAAAAUUUUAUUAAAAAAAAAGUGCAUGGUGGUUCUCUUGUAUUAAGUAAUGCCUUCUUGCAUUGUCUUGUGCCAUGAUGAAUUCAGCUCUUAAGCUCCUCUGGUCCUUGGUCUGGCAACUGGAUUAAGACUGGGCUUAAACGGGUUCUCUGUGGCCCAUUCACUUGCAUUGGAUCAUUGGCAGUAGGCCUGUGGGAGCAGUUCUGGUGAACCAUGAGGAGGGCUGGAGGGUAGCCACUCUUGAAGCCGAACAUCCCGGAUCCUACAUGGUCAUGUACCUGGAAUUGACAGCGAAAUACUCUGCCGCUCUAGUAUGGCAUAAAGCAUUGUUCAAGGGCUCACACAACCAUUGGUGAGUGCAGGUUUUGAACAGCAAGUCAAGGCAAUCUGGAAUGUAUUGCAGAGAGCAGGUGCCUUACAACAAGGAAUUUUAUAAACUCCAGCAGCUGGUGGUACGGAUCCAUUAGUCUGAAAAGGAUGCAAACAGAUCAACAGGAAUUCAAGCAUGUUAGUGAAAAGGCAAGAAACAGAUGCACAUAAUGUGCAGGAGUAAAACAUCACUUGCAUUUGUUGAAACUGCAAAAAGAGCAAAGGAGUGUCUAUAUGCCAGAGACCAGCCACCACUCUGUACCAAUGGAAGCACUAAAGAAAGCUGUGAGCCAGGACUUGAAAGGUCCUUCUUACCACCAGGGCAGCAGAUGACCUUAGGAUAAAUACUUCUUCUGUUGAAGUAUCCUUGAGACCAUAUCAAUACUCCAUCAUCUGAAUACACACCUCUUUUCAGAAUUACACGAGCAGUACAGAGGAGCCCCUGUCCCCAAGGAACAUGCAGUUCAAAAUAGGAAGUGACUAGGUAGGAGGAAACAGCACUGAAAAGUCUAAACUGAGAAAAUCCAUUGUGGAGAUAUUGAGCGAUGACUAUUACCAUGUGCCAAAACAACCUCCCUCCCCUUAACAAUCAUCUUUCCAUUUAAUAGUUAUACUUUAUGUGGAAAUGGCAGCUCAUAUAUCUCUUGGAGUUGUUGGACUGCAACUUCAAGCAUCCCUCACUACUGACUGCUUUUGCUAGGAUCGAUGGAAGCUGAAGUCCAAUCCUAUCAAGUUAUGUAUUUCCUUCAUUAACAUUCAGUUGCCAUCCUCAAAAUCUCCAGGCUUAUCACUGUCUGCUUGGUUUUUUUUUUCCACUAGUGUGUGCUACAAUUCUGUCUUGUGUCCCACAAUUGCCAGCUUUUGGGAUUGUGGAAGAGUUGCACAAGUUAGUCUUGAAUUGUCCAAAGUAGGCAUUGGAAAUAGCUGGAGUUUAAAUAUUUGUUUAAUUCAGUGGAAUUCUUGGCUUUUCUUUAGCUAUAC